CUCGACUACACAUUAACGUAAACAAAUGUGACAGCUGUUUGUUAUUAUUCACGUCGACGUGGUCAGUGGUCACACGGACUCGAAUGACCUGCUGAUUUACCUUGAAGAAUAGUGUAGAGUAUCAUUCAUGUAAAAAGGGUCCUGCAGUUCCUUGAGUGAUUGCUAUUACACCGGAUUCCUUCACAUCGACAACUCCAGAGAGCAAUGACACCUAGCAAACAACCAAUAGAUUUCUUGAUAUACCUUAUAUUAUUUGGAUCAACAAUAUUUGUUAAUAAGUACGUACUGUCAGUUCUUAAUUUCACGUACCCAACUAUCUACCAAGGAUGGCAAACACUUGUAGGCGGAAUUCUUUUGCGUGUCUUGCUGUCCAACAAAUGCCUUUCUGUAUCAGCCACAGAUCUUGACAAACCGGGUUUUAUAUCCUUGUUGCCGUCAUUUCUGUUUUUCUCUGCUGGAAUUGUUGCAAGCUCAAAAGCCUUAGCCAAUCUGAGUGUUCCAGUGUUCUUAUGUUUACAAAAUACGCUAGGUGCAACUCUGUAUCUAAUGGAGAUUGCCCCAAGUUUCCGAGGUGGUGCUGGUCCUGUGGCACUUGCUGCAAGCUUGAUCACUAUAGGUUCAGCUGUGGCAGCUGUACUGGCAGACAUCGAUAUGACAUUUUCAGAUUCCCCGUAUUUUUGGAUGUUGGUGUAUUUAGCGUGCAUGGCCGUACAGACUCUCCAUUCCAAAAUAGCUGACGCUCGUUAUACUGAUGUUGAUCGUUUAUACUUUUCAUAUGUUUUCAGUGUUGUUGUCCUGGCCCCUGCAUCUUUAUACUUGGAAGAGGCUUUUGAAGUCCUUCGUUUCCCCCAUGCUAGUCGCUACGAUUUUUAUGCAGGUUGUCUCCUGUCAGGAGUGUUGGGAUUGUUCCUUAAUCUUUCUCUCAUGAAGGUUCGGAGGCAUAAUUAUUUUGCGAUAGUUGAUGCAUCUGGAAGACUGCUGACAUCACUUCUUGCCUUGGGCACCUUUCCUGAUAUAACUCCGGUAAUGGUGAAGAUUCUAGUCUGUUUAAAUCUUGUUUCAGCUGUAUUUGUCCCUCUACCUAUUCCAAAACCCGUUGAGGAAUCUGCAGAAGAAGUUAGUGAACUAAUGAAAGAAGGAGUAUAAAACCUAUUAUUUAUGGUGUAUAUGACAGUUUAGGAUGUCUAAUUGAACAACAACAUGUUUUCUAAUCUUUUGAUAUACGUAUAAAAUUAUGGUUGCCAUUUUAUAUUUUAGUAAUUUUUGAGUGAGUCAAAUUCAGGAUUGACUUUUGUUGACUUAUUUAUAGGGCAUGCAGUUUAUUUAUAGAUUCUCUGUAAGAGAGGGACGAUAGCUGUAGUGUAAGAGUUAUAGGUGUUGCACUCUCUGCCAAUUACUGUUGAGGUAACUGGGGCCAUAGCCUAGUGUUAGGGGUUGGAAUGCGGAGUUGGAACUUGAAUUUUAAAGCAAUUCAUUCAUGCAAUAGUAAAUAGUAUUACGAUUUCUUCCAGAACUUAUAUCAUGUUAUGGUGUAUAGUGUAAUAUUAUUAAGUAAGUGUGCUAUAACCGGAAUCACUUAUUUCAGUGAAUUGUGGCAGUUAAGAGGAGUGAAGAAUCUAGUUUUUAAUGGAUGCCAUUGGUGGUGAUGGUGGUUUUUGCCAAGAGCAUUCUUUAGAGAAGGUCAAAUUGCCUUGUUAGGUCAUACUUGUGAUUUGGCUGAUUGUUUGGGCUUUGGUUUGCAUUUCCAUGGGAAGGGAUGAAGAAUGGCCAGGAGUGGACUUUCGUAGUGUGCAGAAAAUACCGUAUUUUGAAGCCAAAAUCCUGUUGAGAUGCUUUAGUUUUAAGAAUAUUUUUGUAUAUUUAAAAGUGUAGGACAUUUGUUUGUUCAGCUUCAUUUUUAAAUCCUACCUUAACUGUAUAUCGCUCCAUUUCUGUUUCAUCCAUCAUAUUACAUAAUCAUUUGCCUAUUUAAGCUUUAAGUCUUCCUUAUAGAAAAUAUAUUUAUGAAAUAUAUAUGUUUGUUAUGUAUUUAUGUAUGGUAAAUACACUUGAAGAUGUAUUAUUUGGGGAUGUGGAUAAGUAAUUGUUGAUUAGGAGGUAUGUAAUACGGUACAUAAAUUUAAAAGUUGGCAUUACUGAUCUAAGUGAAGUUCUUAAAACACUAUCUCUGUAGUAUUCUGGUAUUCAUGAACUGAUUGCACUUUGAAGCUGUCAGAAUACCUCAUAACUUUAUAUUACGGUACGUAGUAUGAUGUGAUACAGUAUUUCACGAGCUUAGACUUCACAACUAAGGAUAAUAGUCUAACCUCUAUUCAUAAACUGGUAGUAUUUAUUAGAGACCUUACGUUCAUGUGUAGUA